CCUCAGGGCGCCCCGCGGCCUCCCCGGCGGCCGGGGAACUCCAAAUCCAGACACGAAACAGAAGACCGAGAGGGGAACUGAUCGGCCCGUGUCAUAUCGUGACGAGACUGUCGGGAUUUGCUCCCGGUUUUCUUUCGCUGCUGGGGUUUGGGUCGAGUAUCAUCAAGCCUCGGUGUCUUUAGGCUCAGCUGGCUGGGGAAGGAGUGUAAAGCUUCCUUGCUGAAGGGUUUGGGCAGCGAUUCCCUGGUCAUAAAGUUCCGCAAGCAUAAAUGAGACCAGCAGGAUGUGACCCUGGAGACAGCUGCACCCUGUAUUCGGUGGCUCUCUUUCUAGCACACGUGAGGAGAACACCUAUGCCAUUCUGAGCCGCUUGAGCUGAGUGAAUUUUGCUGGGAGACUGAGUUCAGCCCCCCCCAAAGUACUGCUUUCAUCAGGGGAAAUGUGAUCUCAGACUUUCUAGGCUAGGAAUGCAGGAACGAAUGCGAAACUUGAAGGCCUCUCUCAUGCCAUUGAAACAAGUCCUUACAAUUGUGGUUGGUCUUACCAUAUGUAAUUGCUUUCAAACUAUCUCCAAGCUCUGCCAUAAAAUAAGGCUAAGUCAGGUUCUUAAUUCCUUUAACUGAAAUUCUACAUCUGGUAAUGGAAGAAGCUGUAUACCAUUUUGUGUGCAAUGAUUCUGUAUCAUUUUUAUACACAGGAAUUAGUAUUUUCUCCUAAAUAACUGUAUGGCAAUAAGGGUGCACUCCAUAACACAAUGCAUUUUAUUUUUGGUGCAUAUGUUUUAAAAUAAUGUUGAUGAUUUUAAAAUAAUCAACAAAAAUAAAAUAAAAAAGCAGCAGUUUGUUUAAACACAGUCACAGGCGAAGAACCCCUGUAUGUCCUGAGUUCUCAAGGAUUCUCCAUGGUGAAGAUGGUCAGCCAUGGAAAACAUAUUGCAAUAAUAGUCCAACAGCUUAACAAAUUUAACCCAGAAAAUCAGAGCGUGGAGGAUUUCUUGAAUGAAUCGGCUAAGAUGUUGCAGACUCUUAAUGUGACUGAAGAAAAAUUUGUAUUGGAUACUCUAGCUGGAUGCAUAGAAUAUAAAUCCUUAUUGGAUGUAGUAGUCAAUGCCUUUUUUGUUCGGGAUGGGAAAUACUGUCUGAUUUCUGAGCGUAAUCUCUAUGUAGUUAUUUGCUAUUUGGCAACUUUUCAACUAGAAGAGCUCGGUCUUCAGCACUUCAGCAGAAUUGUGAAAUCUCUGGACACCGCAAAAAUGCAUAAGUUUCUUAGAUUCUUCUUCAAUGCCUUGUAUUUGAACACAUGGAUAAAAGAUGAAUGGAGUCGGUUCUACGAUUCGCUGUAUGUAAAGGAGAACUGGAUUGAUCCACUGCUAAGAUGGCAGCCAAAAGUACAGCAACUGAUUGAACACCUCACGGAUAAAUUAAGUAAUCGUACUACCACUGUCAAGACUUCAACGGUCACUCAGCCAAAGGAGUUUAAUUUGACCGUACCCAAACCACGUGCCAUUCCUAUACCUCUGCCAAUACCAGUACUGGAAAAAGGUCCACCUGUUCCUCCAAGUACCUACAAGCCUCCAAAGGAAAAAAAGCAACUAGAGGAAAUCAAAACAAAAAAUCGACAAAAAGCAGAAGAUCUGCUUCUGAAAGCAAAUACUAACCAGUUCAAGUGUGCAACCACGAAUCCAGAAAAGGGAGAGAGCACACACAACGGUAUGAAGAGUAGGCCAGCAUUCCGGGCUCAAAAGAUCCAAAGCAAGAUUGACAAUAUACCUAUUAAAUUAAAUGCAGCAGCUAUUUUAAGGGAGGGUGCCCUCUAUCAGCGGAAAAUGGAACAGGAGCUCAAGAGAAUUGAAAACUUGCUACAAGGGGCUGGAGACCCAUCAGAAUUCUUGGAAUGGCAAAAACAGAUGCGUGGUAAAGAUCUGGAGGAGCAACUGGCUGAAAUAGAAUGUAGGAGGCUUCAAGGGAAACUGAGUCAUGAAGAGGCAGUUUUAGCCCAUCAGAAUGUAACUCAAGAAAAUAAGAAGAAAGCUGAUCUAAUGAGAGAAGAGAAAGCAGAGCUGAUGCACCAGUAUGCAGAGAAACGUCUCCAGGAACAGAAAGAAAUGAGAGAGCUGGUGGAGCAGGUCGUGGAAGGACACAAGAACGCAAAGCAAGCAAAACUAAAGCUUCAGAAAUACAAACAGCAGAUAGUUCAGGAAGUUUGUGAAGAAAAUCGAGAACUUCUUCGGCAAGCUUUAGAAGAAGAGGAGGAGAAGCUUCGGAAAAGAUGUGAAUUAAUUCAACAAAUACGAGCCAUUGAGUCUUUACCAAGCCUUAAACACAAGUUUGUUGAUUUAACUGAGACUGGUGGCCAUGGUUUAAUUUGUGAAAUGUCAGUAGUGGAACUACGUGAACGCCUCGCUCUACUCAGAGAAGCACAGAAGGCAGCAGAGGAAGAGAAGAGAGACCAGAUAAUUCAUGAAAAACAAGCUAAGGAACAACUUCUUCUAGAUAAACUGGACCAGAUUUCCGUGUUCAGAGCAGAACUUGGACGAGCGGCUGCAUUAAAACAAGAAGAAAAGAAAAGAAAGUCCCAGGCUGGUGAAAGUCAUAUGAAAGAUGAACGCAUUUUAAACCUACAGAAAAAGAUUGUAGAGAAGGCAAUGGAGCGUAAAAAGCAAGCAGGACUCUUAAAGAUUACUCCCCAGAAAACCAGCAUUACAUCAAGGAAGGAUUCUUUGCAAUGGAACCACUGGAAAGAACUGGAAGAGAGUCGGGAAAGGAGGUUCAAGACCCUUCAGUACGGCUUCACGGCCAGAGAAACAGCUCAGAAAAUGGCUGCCUAUGAGGCAGCAAGAAGUGGAGCCACAGCUUGUAUAUUGCGCUCUGAGGUAAAAUAAAGUACCCUUGGAACAAACUCAGGCCUGUUGGAAAUCUCCCAGUGCGACUAUUUACUACAAGGUUGAAUUUUAAUCUUUAUCUGAUCUUCGCAGUGUGAAUAGCAAAAUUUGGGUCAUACAGGCACAAUAGAAUAAAAAUGUGUUAAUUUUUUAGAAUGGAAUUUUAUUUUAAAGCUAUAAUGGUAUAUAUGUAUAUUCUUCUGUUAGAAUAAAAAGCUGUAAGAAAUCAAAAUAGCAAAUGUCUGGGGGAGAAUGCUAAGGUCAGUAUUUCUGCUAUCAUUGCAUACUGGGCCGUGGUUUGUUCACUUUCCCAGAGAAUAAAAAUGGGGGAAAAAACAAGCAGCAUUUGUUUAUAUAAGCAUCUUUUCAGAAGGCAUGCUCAGGCCAGGCUCCUAACACAUCUUCCAUGACAGUAACUGUGUGUAACAAGAUCACCAGUCUCAACACUGCUUUUAGAGGGUAAGGGAAAAACUGUUCAGAAGGUUUAGAUGACACGAUAGCCUGCAGCUGCCAGAGGCCAGACUCAGUGACCCGACAGACCAUCCCUCUGUUUGCAGAGGUUAAUGUCUUCAGUCUUUAAACAGUGGAAGGAGAACAUAACAUUGUUUGAUCUCUUUAGCAAGCUGCUUCCAGAAAAGUCAAAAUUCUGUUACUCACCUAGAAGAUAAUUUGCCCUCUAUGACAAUUUCUAUACUCAGUAAAACAGCUUUUAAAUCACCAGACUUACUCUAGGCACAAAGCCAAGGAGGAUAUAAAUCUGAAUUAAAAUCUGCACAGCAGUACGACUAUGUAAUGUAUUUCUAUUUUAACUUGAUGCCAGUUACUAAGUGUUUAAUUAUGGCUAUUGCAAAUAUUUAAAUUGAAGGAGACUGUCAUUGACAUUAGAGUCAGGCAGCUGCUUUUAAUGCUCUCACAACAUUACAUUUCUCACUUUUUAGAGCGGGAAGUCUAAUGGAAUUCUUUUGUUGCCAUCUAGCUGUGAAGAUCACUUCCACAAUCUGCAAGCUGAUAAAAUGCGCAGUAUUUUUCAUUUGUUGCAAAUGCUAUGGUAGUCCACAAAAGCAAUGUAGGACUCAUGCUCUGUAGGAAGAGUUAGGGAACCUACGAGAGUGAAAAGGAGUGAUAGCAGCACAGCUACAGAGAAGAGAGAACGAUGGCAUUAUGUGUGAUAGAGGAUUGUAAAAGCCUAAAAGGACAAACACUAGGUGGCAGGGAGUCCAUCUUCCUUUGCGGUUGUUCAGCAUUCUGUUGCAGAACGGCAAAGCUGGGUCUUGACUAUAACACCUCAGUUUUCCA